AUGAAGGUUCUGUUCAACGAUACCGUUCUCGCGGACAGCAACGACACCAUCGUCGUUGAAGGAAACCACUACUUUCCACCCGCGUCUAUCAAUAAGGAUGUGUUCACCGACUCUAGCUCUUCGACUGUGUGUGCAUGGAAAGGGACUGCAUCAUACUACAACGUGAACGUCGACGGCAAUGUUUCAAAGGACGUAGCUUGGUAUUACCCAGAGCCGUCAGCCAAGGCCGAGAACAUUCGCGGAUACGUUGCAUUCUACAAGAAUAAGGUUACUUUUGCGUGA